AUGCCAACAGCACUUGUUCGAGAGAACCCCCUCGUUCUCUCCCCAACAUCGGGGCAGCACACGGCUACGGUGAUUUUCAUUCACGGUUUCGGUGACUCGGGCCAUGGCUGGGCCUCGGCUGUUGAGCAUAUUCGCCGUCGGCAUGACCGCCUGGACGACGUCAAGUUUAUCCUUCCUCACGCACCAAAUAUCCCUCUGAGCAUGGCAAGCGGACGGCAUCCGGAUGAGGUCUUGACAAGCUCGCCUGGUCGUCUAAGUUCGUUGUCCGCCUGCCAGGGAGAAGAUAUCUCCGGCGUCCUAGAGACACAGUCAUAUAUUCACUCACUCAUCAAGACUGAAUUGGAAGCCGGAAUUUCAUCCGAGAGAAUAAUCCUUGGGGGAUUUUCGCAAGGAGGGGCGAUAAGUAUUUUCUCUGGCCUCACCGCACCUAACAAGCUCGGCGGUAUUGUUGCGCUUUCAUGCUGGGUGCUACUUCAUAAGGAGUUCCGAGACUACAUCCCAGACGAAGAUUUGAACAAAGACACGCCCAUCUUCAUGGGACAUGGGGAUCAAGAUUGGCGUCUAGAGUACCAAGUGGCUAUCGACAGUGCUGAACUACUUGAAAAGGCUGGCUACAACAUCACAUUCCACAGAUACAGGCGAGUUGUCGUUCCACCAGUGUAUUCAUUUCUUUCUAACACCCUUUUAGGGGAAUCGGGCAUUCUGUUUGCCGGGAGGAGUUGA